ACUUCAGUAUAUCGACGAUUCGAAGAAAGAGUGAACACCAUGUGCGCGUUUGUUAUUGUUUUCCGAUGAGCUGAACCGCCGAAUAUGGGCGAUAGUUCACGCAGCUCAGCCACCGCCGCGAGUACGGCCCUCGAAGAGAAAGAACUCCUCAUAUUAGGUUAUUCCUAUGGACAAGAAUUCUCGCAGAAACUCAGCGAAGAUGAGUUCAGCAAGCUGGAUUGUUAUGGCUACCAACGGAGCAUUCCAAAAACGAUUCUCACCUAUGUGGGGAUUGUCUUCUCCCUGGGAAUCGCUCGUCUCGUUUUUCAUUGGCGACCCCACUGGUACCUCAAAUGCACCUUCAACUUGUGCUCACUCCCGGAAGCGACCAAGGUACUCUUGGUGGACCAAUAUGACCAAAUUUUCGUAGAGGACGUUCGCAUUAUAACUGCGGAUAAUGUGAGAUUGAAAGACCUUUUCAAGAACAUUGAUGGGAACCUCGACGUCAUCAAGGCUGAGAUUGGCGAGAUCGAUUCGCUGGUGCAGCUCGAACCAGGCGGAGGCCUCCGCUAUACGGAUCAACUCCGCUUUUUCGAAAAUAAGAAACACAAGUUCCUCUGGGAUCGCAAAUCGCAAAGUUUCUUGCGGUUGCAUGGUCUAGACCAUAACACUCAAUGUUCAAACAUUAUGCAACAGCGCCAGGGACUCACCCUCAAGGAGGAAACGAUAAGAAGGAUCCUCUAUGGGAACAAUCUCAUCGAUGUCGACGUCCAGGGCAUAACGACUAUUCUGAUAACUGAGGUCCUAGAGCCUUUCUACGUCUUCCAAGUGUUCUCCCUGAUCAUAUGGUAUAUGGAUGAAUACUACUGGUACGCGGGAGCCAUUAUCAUCAUAUCUGUAUUUUCCUUAUGUCUUGGUGUUCGGCAAAUCUACAAGAACCAAAGAGCUCUUCGGGACACCGCAAUAGGCCAGGAUGUCGUAUGUGUUAAAAGGAAGAAGGAAAAAGGGGAGGUUUUCGAGCAGAUAUCUUCCCAGCAACUAGUCCCUGGUGAUGUGAUAAUUAUCCCAAAACACGGUUGUAUGAUGCACGUCGAUGCCUGCCUCGUCACUGGAAGUUGCAUCGUCAACGAGAGUAUGCUCACUGGAGAAAGUGUUCCUGUGGUCAAAACUGCCCUGGUGCACUCAGGCCCGAACGAUUCACUCUUCCAUCCGAAAGAACAUUCGAAAUACACCCUGUUCAGUGGGACCAAAGUAAUCCAAACAAGAUACAUCGGGAACGAGAACGUUGAGGCUGUUGUUCUGAGGACAGGCUUCCUCACAGCGAAAGGCGAAUUGGUCCGGUCGAUGCUUUUCCCCAAGCCCGUAGAUUUCCAGUUAGGUCAGGACGUCACCAAAUUCCUCUGUGUUUUGGCCGUUUUCGCAAGCAUCGGGCUAACGUACACCGUCGUGCUGAAGGCAAUGCGGAAAGUGGCUCCCCUCGAAAUUUUCAUCCGCUCGAUGGACGUCCUCACCAUCACGAUCCCCCCAGCAUUGCCGGCAACGAUGACGCUCGCUGGAAUAGUCUGUUCGCACCACAGACUCAGAAAGGCUUUGAUUUACUGCAUUUCCCCGAGGUCGAUAAAUAUCAGCGGUUGUAUCAACUGCUUUUGUUUCGACAAAACCGGUACCCUGACGGAGGAUGGACUCGACCUCUGGGGAGCAAUUUCCUUCGACCAAAAGGAUCCCAUAGCGGAUCCGUCCGAACUCGCGCACAACCACCCUCUCCGAGUUGCCAUGGCUAGUUGCCAUUCAUUAACUCUCAUCGAAGGCCAAUUGACGGGGGAUCCGCUCGACCUCAAGAUGUUUGAAGCGACGAAUUUUAUAUUCGAAGAACCCAAUGUGGAAGAUACGAACAAAUUCGAUAUGAUCACCCCCACUGUCGUGCGGCCAGCAGAAAUAUGCCAGAAAGGCACCAUGGAAAACUCGGACUUGAUCGAAAAUGACAAAAUACCCUUCGAAGUUGGGAUUAUCCGGGAGCUACCAUUCUCAUCUAGUCUCCAGCGAAUGUCUGUCAUAACUCGUGUGCUUGGUCAGAGGAAUUUCACUGUUUAUACGAAAGGUGCCCCGGAAAUAAUCGCCGGGAUGUGUGUUCCUGGAUCGAUUCCGAAUGACUAUCAGAAAAUCCUAUCUAUAUACACUGAAAAAGGGUACAGAGUCUUGGCUCUAGCCUACAAAACACUCAACGUGAACUUUGCCAAGGCGCAACGAAUGCCUCGUGAAGAGCUCGAAUGCGAUCUCACUUUGACCGGACUCCUCAUCAUGGAGAACCGGCUCAAGCCGAAAACGACAGAAAUAAUCGAUGAACUGAAACGAGCCAACAUUCGCCCUGUAAUGGUUACCGGCGACAAUGUGCUGACGGCACUAUCAGUGGCCCGAGAAUGCCACAUGAUCGAUCACGGCCAAGAUGUUAUUAUUCUGCAAGCGACCGUAACAAACGACGAAACCGAUGCAAUACUGAGCUGGUAUUACGCCGAUAUUCCGCAAAGCAUCGAGCCGAUCACUGUGGGCAAUGCGGUUCACAUUCCCGUGUCGACCACUGACUUCCACAUAGUAGCUACGGGGAAAACCUUCUCAGCCUUGAGACGUUUUUAUCCUGAUCUGCUGCGGCGGGUCAUUGUCUGCGGAACAGUGUUCGCACGCAUGGCUCCCGAGCAGAAGCAGCAACUCAUAGAACUCCUGCAGGAGCUCGGCUAUUACGUAGGGAUGUGCGGUGACGGUGCCAACGAUUGCGGGGCCUUGAAAGCGGCUCACGCGGGAGUCUCGCUUUCGGAGACUGAAGCUUCGGUGGCAUCUCCGUUUACAUCUAAAGUGGCUGACAUAUCUUGCGUCCCGACAUUGAUCAAGGAGGGUCGCUCCGCAUUGGUCACAUCAUUCGCUGUGCUCAAAUACAUGGCGUGCUAUUCUAUGACACAGUUCUCUUCUGUGCUCAUCCUGUACACUCUAUUCUCGAAUUUGACCGAUAAGGAGUUCCUGUUCAUUGAUCUUUUCCUCAUCAUGCCUAUCGCCACCGUGUACGGUUAUACCAGACCACGGACAGUGCUCAAAAACCCCCCGCCGACAUCGGCGGUCGGAAUCGCUCCGAUUUUCUCAAUUACGGCUCAGAUACUUCUCGGGGUGCUAGCUCAGUUGGCAUCGACAUUCAUACUCCACAACAAUACUUGGUAUCGACCCAAUAUCGCAGGCCAAAGCGACGAACAUGCGGUACAGUGUCAGGACAAUUAUGCCGUGUUUGCUGUGAGCGUCUUCCAGUACAUCACGCUCGCUGUGAUUUUUUCCACGGGUCAUCCGCACAGGAAGCCGAUUUAUACAAAUCUCUUGCUGACUCCGAUCGUGGUGAUCCUGGCUGCGUUCUCGUUCUAUCUCGUGAUUCACCCCUUCGAAUGGCUGAAGCAGUUCUUCGAAUUGGACAUAGAUGAUGUCCCGAUCUCUUUCCGGAUGAUAUGCGUAGCUCUGGGACUCGCACAUUUUUUCAUUGCGUACACCAUCGAGACCUAUUUUGUUACGAGAUGGCUCGCCAAAUACGUCUCUCGACGUAACUUAAAACUCCAUCCACCUGAAUACGUGAGACUCCAGCACGAGAUCCGUCACAGUCCUGCUUCAUGGCUGCCACCAUCAGCUCAAAACUCGAAUGACAGUCUCUGCACCCAUAGUAGCGCUCCUCUGGCGCAAGACGACAUGACGGAUACGCAGGAAGUCACCAGGAUAUGAGAAGAUGUCCGAUACUGUACAAGAUCUCUGACAAAUGUUCCAUCCACUGUUGUAGGAUGGGAGCAAUCUCUAAAUAAAACCGUUGAAUGUUUCACAUUAAA